UCAGAAACUUUUAACUAGUAUAUCCUACGCCCAAGUGUCGCUCCAACCCCCCACAGUCCCCGCCAUUCACAUCCGCAGUAGUCCUCGCCGCCGCCGUCGUUAACGGCCGUUGACGGAAAACACCACCGGACAACAAUGAUCAUCACGCGCUUCUCCACCUUCCCUUUCUCUCUCCUAAUCUUCCAAACCAUAACACUAAUCACCGCCCAGCAAACCCUCAACAUCUCUCACUUCCUCUACCCCCAGAUCCGCGACGAAUUUCGCCCGCAACCCUCCCCUUUCUUGCAGGAUGUUUUGAGGGCUAUUUUGGUUAGACAAGAGUGGGACAGCUUGAGGGAUGUUAGGGUUUUGGAAUUAGAUGGGAAGAACGCAAGGUAUGGUAGUUCGGAGAGGUAUGAGUUUCGGAUUCGGAUCGGGAGGAAAACCGAGUUGAUUUUCAAGCUCAGAGAUGAAGUGUCUUUGUGGCAGAAGAUGGGGAAAGGGGAAGGGGAUUUUGAAUCUUUGGUUAAGGAGGUUAGUUCGAUCGCGGUGCUCGAUGUGUUCCGAGUCGAAGGGCCUUUGGAAUUGAUAGCGGGAGGAGAUGAUGAGUUGUCGCUGCUAUUGCCGCUGAACUCGUCACAUGCUGGUCUUAAAAGGAUCCUCGUUGGUGAAGGCAUCACAGUAGAAGUAAGAAAUGCUCAAGUAGUCUCCCUGUUUCAAGCAUUGGAGCUUGGGCUACAGUUGAAUAGAAGUGAUGAUAUCUGGCCCUUUCAGGAUUCAAUAUGUAGGCCGUUACUUCCUAUUCACAUUUCAGGCUCUGUGGCAGUGGCUGCCUACAGGACUCGAAACCCUAGUUCCUAUAUUGUAUCUGCUUUCCCAUUGAAAGACACAAUUGAGUUGCUUCCAGAAAAAUGUUAUGCACAAAAUAUCUACAAAAAACGGCGUUGUCCCAUUGAUUCCCUAGAUUUGAAAAUAACCCUGAUGGAGAAACUUUUAAGGAGCUUUCUCGGUAACAAAAUCGACCAGAAUUCAACUUCUGGUUUUCUGAAAGCAAGCAUCAAAGCAUCAACUGUUGUUCGCUUCAAGAUGGAACUAGAAAGGGAUAUAAGAAGCAAUGACACUGCUCAGGGCACAUUGGCUGCAUGGAGAACAAGACCCUCCGUCGAACGAGUUUGGUUUGAGAUUGUGGCUAGAAUUGAGGGAGAGAGGUUGAAGCCGUUGGCGAUAAAGAAGGUAAGACCUUUCGUUGACGUAGAUUCAUCUGCUUGGAGUAAUUUAAUGUCCAACAUGUCGUUCACAAAGUUUCCAUCAGUCCUUGUCCCUCCAGAGGCACUUACUCUGGAUGUGAAAUGGUAGGAGAAAUGACAGAGGCUUAUUUGGGCAUGUUUUUUGAUCCAUCAAUGUAUUUGUAUAUUUCUUCGUCUGCUGAAGUCAUCAGUUUUAGACAUGCACCUGGUUUGUCGCAUUCACGUGAUUUGUAUAAAGAAACUUUGUUGUUUAAUUUUGUAAAUUACAGAAACUGAAAAGAAAUUAAAAAGUAGCGAGAACAUUAUUUACGAAGAUAUUUGAAAAUAUUAUGUCGUUUGGUGCCA